AUGACUAAGCUAUCUACAGUUGACCCUAAUGCUUCUGUGCUAAACCCGCAGAGGUUUAUCCAGCGGGAGCGGGAGAACUGCUCCAUUGACAUCGACCAAGUGAACACUUUCUUGGAGUCGGACCCCAGGUCUAGGGACCUGACGCACUUGAUCGUUGACCAGCUGGUCAACGACCCGAUCAUCAAGGCCGAUAGCGCCACUUAUGACCAGACAAAGCUCACACAGAGGGAGGUCACGGUCAAGAAGAUCGCCCGUAUGGCGCUGUACAUGGAACAGGACAUCAAGACGGUGCGCAAGCACUUCAGAGACACAGACCUGUUGAAGUCCCUGCAGGACUUCGGGGACACCACCACCCCACCGCUGACCAACAAGGACCUCGCCAUCUUCGACAAGAGACUCUCCUUGGUCGCAAACAUGGACCCGCAGCUGUCCACCAGAAUAGGUGUGCACCUGGGGCUGUUCGGAAACUGUAUCAAGGGUAACGGUACCGACGAGCAGAUCAAGUACUGGCUGCAGACCAGGGGCGCUAUCUUGAUCAAAGGAAUCUACGGGUGCUUCGCCAUGACCGAGCUCGGCCACGGCUCAAACGUCGCCCAGCUGCAGACCACCGCUACGUACGACCAGGAGUCCGACACCUUCAUCAUCAACACCCCAGACUUGGCAGCUACCAAGUGGUGGAUCGGCGGUGCCGCUCACUCCGCAACCCACACCGCGUGCUACGCUAGACUACUGGUCAACGGGAAGGACUACGGUGUCAAGACGUUCGUCGUGCCCCUGCGUGACCCUUCCUCAUUGCAACUAAUGCCAGGCAUCGCCAUCGGCGACAUAGGCGCCAAAAUGGGCCGUGACGGUAUCGACAACGGCUGGAUCCAGUUUAGAAACGUCGUCAUCCCAAGGGAGUUCAUGCUAAGCAGAUUCACUAAAGUGCACAGAAACCCAGGCGCAACUCCAACUGUGGAGGUAGACCCUCAGCUUGACCAAAUCUCAGGUUAUUCAGCUUUGCUAAGUGGUAGAGUUAACAUGGUCAUGGACUCCUUCAGAUUCGGCUCAAAGUUCGCUACCAUCGCAACACGUUACGCUGUAGGCAGACAACAGUUCGCUGACAAACCAGGCCAACCAGAAAAACAAUUGAUCGACUACCCAUUGCACCAAUACCGUGUCUUACCUCAGAUCGUGAUCCCUUACAUUAUUUCUCCAGCGGCCUUCUCCUUGUUGAACUUCUACUACUCCACUCUGGAUGAAUUGUACGCAGCUUCUUCAAAGAAUGACAAGAGGGCAUUGGUCGUGGUUAGCCAAAAGCUAAAGAACUUGUUCAUCGACAGUGCAAGCUUGAAAGCUACUAACACUUGGUUAGUGGCCCAGUUGAUCGAUGAAUUAAGACAAACUUGUGGUGGUCACGGCUACUCCGGUUACAAUGCCUUCGGUAAAGGUUACAACGACUGGGUAGUCCAAUGUACUUGGGAAGGUGACAACAACAUCUUGUCCUUGACCUCUGCAAAGUCUAUCUUGAAGAAGUUUGUUGAUUCCGCUACUAAGGGUAAGUACAACAAGGAAUUGGACAAGAGAUCCUUCAGAUACUUGGACCCACAAUUCAUCCGGAAAGUGUUCACCUCUUCUUCCGAGAACAAGUUGGAUGACUUGUACGACUACACCAACAUUUGGGCAGUCGCUCUAUUGAAGCUUUUGAGACACAUUGCUAAGCAAGUUGACUCAACCAAGGAUCUGGACGGCGCUUCCAAGCUGUUAGUUUUGGUCUCUAAGUUCCAUGCUUUAUAUGUCAUGUUAAAUACCUACUAUGAAAAGUUGAACUCUCCAACUGACUCAUAUGUUACUUGUCCAAAGACGAAGGAGCAAUUAUGGAAUGUUUACAAGUUGUUCUCUCUAUAUUUCAUCGACAAGCAUGCCGGUGAAUUCCAACAAUUCAAGAUUUUGUCUCCAGAUCAAAUAUCUCAAGUUGUUCAGCCAAGACUAUUGAAAUUACUACCAGAGAUCAGAAAGGAGUGUAUCUCUUUAACUGACUCAUUCAAAUGGCCAGACGGAAUGUUGAACGCUCCAAUUGGUUAUUACGAUGGUGAUAUCUAUCAUAACUAUUUCAAUGAAGUCGUUAAGAAUAACCCAGUGGAGAAAGAUGGAGCUGGUAUCCCACCUUAUCACGAGUUAUUGGCAAACAUGCUAACUAGAGGCGAUGAAUUUGCUAGGUUGGGUGGUGCUAAUAACGCUGAGAUAUUGUCAAAGUUGACUAAGUAA